AUGAAAAGCCUAGCAACAAGAAAGGAAGUGAAACAAAGUGAUAACAUGAUUAGCCAACUCCCAGAUGAGAUUUUGCACUGCAUCCUCUCUUCCCUUUCAUUCGACGAGGCUGUGAGAACCAGCAUCCUCACCAAGAGAUGGAUACCCUUGUGGAGGCACACCUCAGGCCUCGACUUUGAUGGGACUCGCAUGAUCAAGCCGUUAACCAUGCUCCACAAUCUAGACUACAACUGGUCCAUGCUAAGAGCCGCUCGGGAGUACGGUGAAAUCGUGAGGGAUACCGUGCUGAACCGUCACCUCAACGGUGACUUGACCAUGUGUUGCUUCAGGCACUUCCAUAAGAGCCUUGAACCUGGAGAAUUGGAAGCUUUGGUUCAGCUCGUGGUGAAGGUAUACAAAAACUUGUGCUCUCUUUCCUUAGAAUGUUGUUUUGACCCGAGAGCUUUGGUUCAACCUUUUGGAUAUAUGAAACUUAAUUUCACUCCUAGCAUCUUUUCGAAUCUGAGUUCGCUUGUGCUGAACAACUAUGUGAUGGAGAGGGCUACUACAUCUGCAUUUGAGGGUUGUGAGAAGUUGACGACCCUCAAAAUGAAGAAAAUGAUCAUGGAGGAGGGAGCUGUCAAUGAUGUUCUAGAAAAAUGCUCCAGUUUGGAGAGAUUUAGCUUAAUAGAGUCAACCGGGUUCAAAAAACUUAGGAUUUGUCAUGCUGGUCUCAAGUUCUUGGAACUCAGGUGGUUGAUCAUGAGUGAGAUAAAUGUUUCGGUUGAGGAUCUUCAGGAAUUGGUGCUCGAUUCUCUUGUUUGCCAAACAAAGGGUCUAAAAAUUGAUGUCGUGAACGUCAUAACAUUUCGUUCCUACUGCAGCUCAAUUUCAAAGUGCUUAGAGGAAAGCUUUUUAAAAACCCAGGACAUUCUUGAAAACUGCAGUGAUCUUUUUGUAUCUCGAGCGAACAAUAUUUUUCGAAAUCUAUUAUGUAUGUCAAUUGAUUUAGAUUUGAACAGCAAAAGAGAAGCUUUAGCACUUUCAUUCGUACUCAAAUCGUGCACCAAACUCCAAUCUCUUGAAAUUACUAUACCGGUAGUGAAGGAUUCAUCUUCGACUGGUAAUUAUGAUGAUGGUGCUUUACCAUUUCCCAAGUCAAUUUUCUGGGAGAAACGACCAAUAAUGUAUAACAAUCAUGAUCACAAGUUAAAAUAUGUUACUGUAAGGGGGUUUACAGGCAAAGAACUAGAAGUGAAUUUUCUUGAGCAUUUGAUUACUAGAGGCACCAUGAUGGAAAAGAUUACUAUAAUAUACAAUUCCUUAGUAGUGGGAAAGGCAACUUAUUUACAGUCACUGCGAAGAGCAUCAAUUUAUCUCUCCAUCAUAUUGAAGUCGCAGAGUAAGAAUGCUUUAAUUGAUGUUGCUCAAGUAGUCCAGGACAAGCUAUCAGGAGCCACACCUUUUGGGGAGGCGUUUGACCUUCACCACAUUGGUUAG